GCGGCCGGCGCGGAAGUGACGUCACGCGCGAGCGCUGCGCCGUCGCCAUCAUGGUGGGCAGAGGGGCCUGCAGCGUCCCGGAGCGGUGGACCGAGUACAUCCCGCUGGGCCGCAGGAUGCCGGGCACGCGCUUCAUCGCCUUCAAGGUGCCCCUGAAGGAGAGUUUUGAUCGGAACCUCCUGCCAGAAGAGAGAUUUUCCCCUCAUGACCUCAUCAGGAAGGUGGAGGAGAGGCAGGAGGAGCUGGGGCUGGUCAUUGACCUGACGUACACCACCCGCUACUACAGCCGAGAGGAGCUGCCAGCCACACUGCGCUACUACAAGAUCCUGACCAUGGGGCGUGAGAUCCCAAACAGAAAAACCAUUCUGAGGUUCAAAUACCUUGUGAAAAAGUUUCUGACAGCCAACAAAGACAAUGAUAAACUCAUUGGGGUGCACUGCACACAUGGCUUGAACAGGACUGGCUACCUGGUCUGCAGGUACCUGAUUGAUGUUGAAGGCAUGGAGCCAAAUGCUGCCAUAGAGUUGUUCAACAAGUGUCGAGGGCAUCCCAUAGAGAGAACCAACUACAUCCAGGAUCUGCAGAAGAGAGCCCUGAAAAACUGUGAAGUGAAGAGCUUGGGCUCAGAUCUCUCCAGGAGCAAAGGCAGUGCCCCAGCCAAGCCCCAAAAGCAGCUGGUGAAGCCCCCCCUGGCAGUGCCCAGGAACCCUGGCAGCAGCAAGAAGAAGCAGUGGCCUGACCCCACAGCUCAGGAACAGCCCCAGGAGCUGGGACACAGGCACGGGGCCCUGGGCCAGGGGCAGCUGCAGCAGAAGAAUCUGGAGCAGAGGCAGUUGGAGAAUCUGGAGCAGAAGCAGCUGAAAAAGCUGGAGCAUCUGGAGCAGAGGCAGCGGAAGAAGCAGAGGCAGCAGAAGUGGAAUCAUCUGGAGCAGGAUCAUGUGGAUCAGGAGAAGCAGAUGAAGCAGAAUCAUCUGGAACAGAAGAAACAGAUGAAGCAGAAUCACCUGGAGCAGAGGCAGCAGCAGAAGUGGAACAAUCUGGAGCAGAAUCACUUGGAGCAGGAUCACCUGGAGCAGAGAAAGCAGAAUCACCUGGAGGAGAAUCACCUGGACCAAAGGCAGCAGAAGAAGUGGAAUCACUUGGAGCAGGAUCACCUGGAGGAGAAUCACCUGGACCAAAAGCAGCAGAAGAAGUGGAAUCACCUGGAGCAGGAUCACCUGGAGCAGAGGAAGCAAAAUAACCUGGAGCAGAGGAAGCAGAAGAAGUGGAAUCAUCUGGAGCAGAAUCAUGUGGAGCAGAGGAAGCAAAAUAACCUGGAGCAGAGCAAGCAGAAGAAGUGGAAUCAUCUGGAGCAGAGGAAGAAGAAACACUCGGAGGAGAAUCACCUGGAGCAGAGGAAGCAGGGUCACUUGGAGCAGAGGAAGAAGAAGUGGAAUCAUUUGCAGCAGAACCACCUGGAGCAGAGGCAGCCCUGCAGUCUGCCCCCCAGGAACUGUCUUCCUCCACCCUCCAAGAAGCAGCACAAGGAGCUGCUCGCCCCCCAGAGCCCCCAGCCCCAGGAGCCCUCGCCCGCCAGGAAACGGCGGCGCAGGAAGCACGGGGCGGGGGAGCAGGAAACGUCCUGACAGCGCUGGCGGCGUGAUCCGUCAGAAAACCCUCCUGGGCUGGAGGGAGCGGCUGUGCCUCACCGAGCAGCUGCCAGGCUGGUUUUUAAUCUCUUUUCUCCUGCUCUCCCCAGCACCGUUGCUUUUACAAGGAAUUUUUUAAUCCGAUGCUGAUCCAUGAGGGAUGCAGGGAAUUAAAAUAAACACAGACUCAACCAGAGCGGGAAUAAUCCUAAAGAAACAUCCUCAGGCAUCCCUAGAACCUUCAACAAAACGGGAUUUUGUUGAUUUCCUCAGUGCAUAACAAGAAACGGGACUGGGGGUGUAAACACGAGGGUAUUUUCCCUCCUUUUUACCCACUUUUGCUAAAGUAAAUUUCUACGCUGUGCAAACUGCA